AUGAGAGUUCAAUUCACACUUGCCCUUCUUCUAUCAGUUGUUGCAUAUCAGCCCUGGGCCUUGUAUCUAGCAGAGGUUUGCGAGCAAUUGGGGCCACAACCGUCAAAGUUGGCUGUUAUAUCUAGCUGGGAUGCAACCGACCAUGAGCGCUGGAUCAAGUCCAAUGCACCUACGCCUGGCGUUGUGGUAACACCAGCUACUGAGCAGGAUGUGUCAUAUUGUACUUCAAACAAUAUCUCAUUCCUAGCCCAGAGUGGUGGGCACGGGUGGUCACAAACGCUGCAUCUGGACGAGGAUGGAUUGCUCAUCUAUCUCAAACAGCUUGAUGAAGUCACUUUCAGUAAGAACAGGAGAGAUGUGGUUGUUGGAGGUGACGCCUCUGUUGCUCAGGUGAUUGAGGCUUCAUCCAAGAAUAACGCUUUAGUUCAGACAAACAAAUGCAACUGUAUUGGAGCUCUGGGCGCUCUUCUUGGGGGCGGAUAUGGUAGCCUGAUGGGCAUGGUCGGCCUCGGAAUUGAUAAUGUAUUGUCUCUCUUGUCUCUCAAUCUAGUCAUGGCUGACGGUUGCCUUCAUACAAUCACACCGAAAGAUAUAGAUCUCUUCUGGGCUCUUCUUGGUGCUGGUCCUAAUUUUGGCAUCGCCACGUCCGCAAAGAUGAAAUCAUACCUGGUUCUAGCUUCUGGCAAAGCCGCCUGGACGGGGCAACUUGUCUUUUCUGCCGACAAAUUGGAGGCCUUGGUGGAAACAAUCGACAGAAUAACUUUAGAACCGGAGAUGAGCGUCAUUUUAUAUUUUAUGACCAGUGGUGAACCAGACAAUACACCUAUGGUUUCUCUAAUGCUAUAUUACUACGGUACCGAAGACAAAGGGCGAGCUGCAUUCUCAUGUUUCUUCGACCUAGGCCCAACUAAUGACACCACGAUGGCAACUGAGUACGCUCACUGGACUGAUGCGUCCAGCAUAGCCUGUUCAAAGAGUGGGUUCAGAAUUCCAUACUCUGCCGGACUUAGCCGGAUGGUUAGCAGCACUUGGAAAGAGGCCUGGGAGGAGUAUGUUUCUUUCGUUUCCCUGGGUGCCACCGGUCAGAGUCUGGUCCUCUUGGAGGCGUUUCCACUCGAAAAGACGCGUUUCUUUGGGCAGGAUUCGUCAGCUUACGCCUGGAGAAACAAGGUAAACUUCAACGCAAUGGCUAUAGCGUGGUAUUUCGAUGAUAGCCUUGAAUCGGACGCGAAAAAGUGGGCAUCUAAAAUGCGUGAUUUAUGGCGGUCUACUGAUGGAUUGGACUCACCAGCAGUAUACAUCAAUUUCGCCUUUGAUGAGGAACUGUCAGUCAUAUAUGGCGACAAUGUCGACCGCUUGAAAGCCAUCAAAGCAAAGUAUGACCCUGACAAUGUUUUCAAUCAAUGA